CAGGAAGAUGUGAUAUUGUAUAUGAAAAGGAAUGCAAAACAGAAAAUCAGUUUUGAUAUUAAAAGCUGUGGGAGAGAGAAGUGUCUGAACUGUGCAUCUGAAAGAGAAACUGUCAGUCCCGACGAAGCACGUCUAAGGAGUCUCGUCUCUGUUGAGCGUGGAGCUGCACUGCAAGCCCAUGUCUGGCUUUGCUUCAUUCUGAAGUCAUGCCAGAAAAUAAACACUCUUCUGUCGUCAGAAACAGCAGCUCUCUCUCCAGCACAGCCUACCGGAGGAUUAAGAGGUGCCUGAGCUUUAAGAGACGUGUUUUUGGGCAGAGGCUGGAGGAUACAGUUCAGUAUGAGCGACGGUACGGAGAGCAGCUGGCUCCCCUGAUCGUGGAGCAGUGUGCUAAAUUCAUUCGGAGCCGGGGGCUGCUGGAGGUGGGGCUCUUCCGACUGCCAGGGCAGGCUACCCUCGUCAAGGAGCUGCGCGAUGCCUUCGAUGCGGGAGAGAAGCCCUCCUUUGACAGCAGCACUGAUGUGCACACUGUGGCUUCUCUUCUGAAGCUCUACCUGCGAGAGCUGCCUGAGCCGCUUGUCCCCUUCUCCAAAUACGAGGACUUCCUGCUGUGUGCCAAGCUGCUGGCUGGGGGCAAGGAGCAGGGGCUGGUGGAACUCAAGACACUCUUGCAGCACCUUCCGAAUGCAAACUUCUGCCUCCUACAUUAUAUCUGCAGGUUGUUAGAUGAAGUUCAGUUCUACUCCCACAUAAACAAAAUGAGUGCCCCAAACCUGGCUACAGUUUUCGGACCAAACAUUCUGCGCCCCAAGGCCGAGAACCCUGAAACAAUGAUUGGAGGGACGGCUCUGGUGCAACAGCUGAUGUCAGUGCUGAUCAGUGAACACAAAAUGUUGUUUAUCAGAGAGACCAGCAGAGGUGCCCCUAAUGCUGACAGCAGCCCAGCGGGACGGCAGUGCCAAGCCAGGAUCCAAAAGGAAAACCCGACACCUCCGCCCCGCAUCCUUGACGGCUCCCAAGGCUGUGAGAUUGAGAACAGCCUGCUAAAUUUUAAUGGAAUCUGGACCCGGCAGUUUUCAUUGCCUUUCACAUCCAGGAAGGAAUCGUCAAGGAAUUUAACACAGGAGGACCGGCCAGCCAGCUCGCAGUCCCACAUACCUUCUACAGGCCACAGAUGCCAAUCAAAGAUGGAAAAUAGGGCAAGUGAAGACCCCUCCCCUGGUGGUGUCAGUGAUCAUUUGUAUGACAGUUAUUGCCCAGGGUUGGUAUGUGCGGUUGGCCAAUUUUUGGAAACUGAAACAGGGAUUGAAAGAGGAGCUUCUUCCAUUCCUGCUAAAACAAGCUGUACCACAGCUGCCCAGGCUGGGCCUAUUCCAACGAUCACACAAAGCAGCUGGGUUGAGGACUGCCAUGAAGACACUAACAGUUCAGCAGAGCGGAGGCUGAGCGAUCCCUAUGAAAGCACAUUUUCUGUAUACGACAAUAUUGACAUUGCACCGUUACCAACUCCUCCCUCCCCACCACCACCAAUAUCUAACCUGGAGGACAUAACCAGUGUGGGCAGCAUCUCCUGGUCCAGCUCCUCCUGCGAGAUCCGUCUGGAGGAAACUUCAGAGGCUUCCCACUGUUCUUCUUCCAGGACUGCGGGAGGGGGUUCCAUGGAGCCCAAUCUCUCCUCCUCUUUAUCACUCCGACCCUCCUCAGCACUCAUUGACAAUCUAGGGGCAGGAGUUGUGAGCAGUGGGAGCAGUGAAGUAUUUUUGGCCACGCAGGACAACAACCUUGGCAACUCUCCGGCCACGCUCUGCCUGCUAGCUGACCUCAAGCAGCAAAUGGCCAGACAGAAGGCUGAGUAUGAAGCUAAAAUCAAAAGUGUGGAGCAGCGCAAUGAGGAGCUGGAGCUGGAGGUGAAGAACCUGCAUUUGAACCUGGAGCAGCAGAGGAAGUGGUACAGCAUUGUGGAGAUUAAAAUGAGGAACGCGGAGCGGGAGAAAGCAGACGCUGAGAAACGCAAUGCCAUGCUGCAGCGAGAGAUGGAGGAAUUCUUUGACACCUUUGGGGAUCUCACCAGUGAAGGGAAGAAGACUGAAAGAAUUGAAAACAAACAGACAGCCCUUCAUGGUCCCCAAAGAGUUUUUUUUUUUUAAUGAUUUUAUACUUGAUCUCAGCCCAUAACCUUUUUAUGGGACUGCUUUCUCCAUGCAGAAAGGUGCAACACCUAGAAUCCCUAAAAAAGAAGAAAUAAAAUGCACAUUUACCUCACAGCUGAGUGCUUGAUGACAUGUAAUCACUAAAACCUUGGUAAAUAAGGUGACUGCA